AGAAAGCAUAGUAUGGCACAUUUACCCCCUAAAAUUCCCUCCAUGGCUCCCAGCUGGCCUCCUUCCUUCCCCGGCCACCACCCCUCCCCCUCACCCUCCCCCUCCCCCUCCUGGGUCGACGAAUUCCUAGACUUCUCCGCCGCCAGACGCGGCGCCCACCGCCGUUCCGCAAGCGACUCCGUCACCUUCCUCGAGGCCCCCUUCGCCACCCCCGCCCCUGCCACCGCCGAGGAAUGCCGCACCUCCACGGCCGUCGUGUCCACCGCCGGACCCACCGCCCUUUUCGACCGCUUCGACGACGAGCAGUUCCUUUCCAUGUUCUCUGACGAAGUCUCCGUCGCCGUGCCGCCGAGGGGAUCGUCCACCUCCAACCCCUCCACGCCGUCCGAUGAAAACAGCAACAACGAAGAGAGGCCUCCGCCCUUGGAUCAGUGCCACCACCAGCACCCAAAGCACGAGCCAGGAGAGGUCGACAGCUCGUCCGAGGCCGACCCAAAAGCUCGCCGCCCUUCCUCCGCCGAUCCCGUCGUCGAUCCGAAGAGGGUCAAGAGAAUUUUGGCAAAUCGGCAAUCUGCGCAGAGGUCGAGGGUGAGGAAGUUACAGUAUAUUUCUGAGCUGGAGCGGAGCGUAACAUCAUUGCAGACGGAGGUAUCCGCAUUGUCACCCAGAGUUGCAUUUUUGGAUCAUCAAAGAUUAAUUCUAAACGUGGACAAUAGCGCUCUCAAGCAACGGAUCGCCGCUCUCGCUCAAGACAAGAUAUUCAAAGAUGCCCAUCAAGAGGCAUUGAAGAAGGAAAUAGAGAGAUUAAGGCAAGUGUAUCAGCAGCAAAACCUAAAGAAGAUGAACAGCAGCUCAGCCACCGCCGCACCACCUCCGCCGCGGACGCCUCCGCCCCAUCCGCCGUCCGCCGACAUCAUGUGCGGCCGUACGGACAAGGAGCAGCAACUAAUCAACUGAGAAAUGUUUAGAUACCCCCGGAGGGUGUGGGGCACUGUCUCUGCUGAGUAAUUGGGCAGUCACGUGAUUGGUUCCAUCGCCUCUCCGCUCACGAUGGGGCCCCGUACCAGCUUGCGAAGUUGGAGCGUAGGAAAAGGACACGUGGCCUGCUCAUAUGGGACUGUGAGAAAUAUUGCUUGACAGUAGUGUGAUAGCUUUCUUUUUCUUUUUCUUUUCCUUUUCCUUUUCCUUUUUUGGAUUGGUGGGCUUGGUUCUUUUUGUAUUUUAUUAUGGUUCAUUAUUAUUAUUAUUAUUAUUAUUAUUAUUUUUCCUUUUUUCAAUUGUUUUGGGGAGUGUUACAUUCAAUGUGGUGGUGCAUUUUUGUUGAAAAAACUACCAUAUUAGCAGUAUAAAUGGUGAUGUAAUUAUUGAGUUGGUACGUGAUGACUCGAGACUGCCACUCAUGCUGCUGCUGCUGAUGUAGUAAUUCAAUAUUGUAAAAUUCUCUUUACUCGGUACAUAUUAUGAGUAAAUAAGUACCGAAGAUUCAAUAAAUUUACGGUGACGAUGUACUCUAUA